AUGGGGGGCAAGUUCGCAGACAAGCGACGCAUCAAGAAUCCAGACACCGGGGAUUACUUCAAGCUCGAGGACUUCUUCGUCGGCCAGACAGUCACCGUAGCGGCGCAACCUCUCCAGAUCGUGAGGGCAGAUGAGCACUGCUUGCAAUACCUGGAGGCGCGGCCCAAAGAGUUUCCUUACGCGGAUCCCGUGGCCUGCGCCCAGCGCGUGGCUUCCCUCGCGAGCGAGCCGGAGAUGCAGAGCGCGCAAGGCCGGCUCCGGGGGGCCUUUGAGGGAGUUUAG